AUGGCUACUACUGCUACGCGCAGUAUUGUGGGCGCGCUAUUUUCGCGGAUUUUAUCAGCCGUGGAGCGACGGCCGACACUCUGUGGUGGUGCGCGACUGUUGAGCACUUCGGCGGUGCAUUGCAAAAGCAUCAAAGAGGUUUCUCGCGUCGGUAUUGAUAAGAAGGAAAUGGAGCAUCCGCAGGCCGAAGGGACGGUUGGUGGCGCAAGCUGGGUUCCGGUGAAUUUGUCACAUUUUGAGAAGCGUUUACCGACCGUGGAGAUAUUCAAGCAACAGUUUGAUGGGAUACCGUUCGAGGAGCUUCCAAUUGUUCAUAUCAAAGCAUCGCGGAACAAUACGCUAAUUACUGUCACAGAUCAUAGGUAUAAAAUAAUCACCUACACAUCAUGUCGUUUGGAAGGAUUCAAAAAUGCGCGAAAAAAGACGAAUAUUGCUGGCCAAACAACCGGUGUUGCUGCAGGACAGCGGCUUAUCCGACGCGGAAUUCGAACAGUUCGAGUUGUGGUAUGCUUCCACUUCAUUCGUUUUUGUAAUAACUAUUGUCUCUUAUAA